GGUUGUCCAACGGUCGAAGAUAAACAGAAGAGAACAUGUUACAGUUAUUGUUCGGUGAAACAAUGAAGCUGUUGCAUGUAACGCCCACGUGACACACCGCAACUCGAUAGAAUUUUACUGUUUUGUGAAUGAUGCUGCCCCGUAUAUGGUAGCAACGCGAAAUAAUGUUAGACAAGUGGGCGCAAAAGACCAUUUCGAGUGAGGAACGAUCUGCGGUAAAUUUACACGGGCGUGACUCGCAAAAUAAGUUGUUAAGAAGUUUGCAACUAUCCACUUUCGCACUCGGCCAAGAUAUCGCGAUUCGGCAAAGACCGUGUUGGCGAUCGUAACGCUUAUCUACGCGGAAAGCGAUCACAUUUCUGGUCGAAUCGUAGCUUUCUCGACGAAGAUCCAUCGUGUACCAUCGCGGAUCUACCGAUAAGAUUUACGAAGUACGCUUUGGUGGAUGCGCGUUACCGUGAUCAAGCGAUCUAUCUUGUACAAUUAUAUUGGUAAAUCGGCCUGCAGGAAAGUACGUUCCCUACGUGUGUUCGGAAAAUGAUACCAAGUUGAGAUACUUGCAAGAUAAGAAUACCUAAUAUACCGGUUGUUGAGGGCCGCGGAUGAUUUAACGUCGAACGGAAGAUUUCAAGAAUAACGGCGAUUAUUUCGCUUUCUAUUAAAUUUAUCACGUUCAUUUAUGGGAAGCGUGUCGCGGAUAAAUCACCCUUUGUGCCGAGAUUAGUUAUUCCUACCGCGAGUCAUCUUGGCUGACUUUUCACAGUUAUUACUACUUGUUUACCGCGACUUCUACUUCCAUUCAAAACUCGCAUCCAAUUAAUCAAAGUUACGUUCGAGAAAAUCGUUUUUAACGUUGCAGUUCUUCUCACACUAACGCGAUCGCGAUACGGUUCAAGCGACCAGAUGAAUUGUAAAACUGGUCGUAUCACACAGAGCUCGUAUCGUAUCGUCUGGAUAAAUGUCAGGAUCUUUUGUCGUCUUUCGGACCGUAACCUUUCGAAUAUCAUGGACCAACAAAUGGCAUAUGCAUGCACGUUGUCGUACCGCUCAACAUCGGAUAUCAAGCACGCGGAUACCGGCGGCAUCCUGCCGCGCCCUCCUUCGCGACGAAUACUUGUCGUUAACCUUUGCCAAUCAGGAAGUUGAUAUCAUAAAACCGACACGUUGUCGAGCGUCACUUUAUAAAAAUCAAGCAAAAGAUCAAUUUCCGACGGAUAGCUUCCGUUUGAAACGCCUCGACCAGAUCCAUUCGGAUAAAAAGAUCCUUAAAACGUUCAUAGUCGAGACAGUUGGGAGGCAAAACUUUGAGACUCCUAAUUUCCCGUGGCAUUCCAUCCCGCGCGCCUAGUAGGUAUGUGCAUACUUUCCGUUCUUGCUAGAUAACGAUUUCUCAAACGUUCCCCGGACCGUCCGUACACGGGUUUAAUCUUAUCCACGCGACGCUGUGUUCAGGAUCCUACGUUACGUCGUGAAAAAAGGGAAGAGGAGAGAGAAAAGAAGAGAGAAAGAGAGGAAGAAAGGAAGGAAGUGGCGGUGGGCGCAUACGCGUAAAUCGGGUUAGCUAUCGAUACGGUAAUCGGCACGUACGGUCGGUAGAGGGAGGAGGAGGAGUCGCUGGUGUCCAUAUAGCGGCCGGUACCCAGUAAACUAGAUUAAAGGAAAACAGCGAAGAGAAUCUAGUCGCGCGUGUAGCUCGCGCGGCCGUGCUCUCGAUCGAGAGAAAAAAGAAGACGGAAGAGAGCCGAGAGGGAAGAGAGGUGGAAAGUUCGAGCGAAGCGUUCGAUCGUGGUAACGGAUUAGUUAUAAAAGUGGCUACAGGGCCGCGGAUAUAUAUCUACGGCAUCGUGGUUCUAGACCUCUCGUUCCACCGCCUCUCUUCCUCGCUACCCCACACCCUUGUCAACCUAACUGCCUCUUUCUCUCUCUUGUCCUCUUCUCUUCGUUCUUCUGCUACCCCUCCUCCCCCGCGCAUUAUUCAUCUCGGUCGUCCUUUCCUCGUCCCUCCGAUACGACGCAAGUUCCGUCUUCGUCCCUCGGCUAGCUCCAUCUCUGUUUCACGGAUAGCCGGUCUCUUUCCCUGGUUCGCCCGUAAGCGGUCCUCGUUGCGAACGCUUCUCAGCGGCGGCCAUCUUGCAUACCUGAGCCUCCGCAUUGCUCGUUCCUCGAGGGCAAAAGGGAGAAUAUCUCAGCGCGAGACGACGCUGGGAUGCGCGAGGAUAGAGUCGAAGGUGGGAGGAUAACGGCCGCGGGGACAGAGACGGGGAACGAGGGCGCUAUGAGGGGCCCGGCCACCUUCCGCAGGAGAAUAGAGGGGCAAGGAAAAGACACGUAGGGCCCAGGGUGGGAGGGAACGUGCACGCCGAUGGUGGAACUAGCAUGUCCCGAUUGAAGAGAGAGAGAGAGAGAGAGAGAGAGAGAGAGCUCGACCGACGAACCUCGCAUCGGACGAAGAAGGAACAAGGUAAGAUGGAGACACUACCGGAACGGACAAAGAUGCGACGAACCAAAGAGCCUAGAUGGAGGAGGAUAGAGGCAGAAGGGCCAAGAGAAGGAGAACCGCGAAUGUUUCUCUAGACGAAGAGGGAAAACGCUAUCGAUGCUUGGUUAGACAAAGAUGGUCUAAGUUCCAGAGAGAUAAGGAUGGAAACCGGUGUCUCGGAAAAGGAGGGUUCGCGAAUGCUUUACUAGACGAAGAGGAAAAGCAACACCGAUCGCUAGAAGGAAGGAGUUAGAGAGGGAGAGAGAGAGGGGGGGGGGAGAAAAUGCGAUGUAGAUAGGUUGCCUGAGAAAAUCGGAGAGAAAAGAAAGAGCAUGCGGGCCCAGAUGAGGCUUUUCUAAAUACGUCUGAGAAAGAAGGUGGAUCGAAGAGCAGUGGCAGGAGAUGUGAGGGGGGGGGGAGGGACGAAAGAAAGAGAGAUAAGCCGAGAGUACAGGAGACCAAGAGGGAUAGAAAGUGUCGAGCUUGGAAUAAGACGAUGGAUCAAAGAAGUUUGUACAAAGUCGAAACGGGAGGAAAGAUAUUGAUAAAAGGGUGGCAAAGGAAGUGGAAGCGAGAGAGGAACACCGACAAAGAACGUUGGCGCGUGGAAGAGAGAGGAAACGCGAAAGACGGUGGCCGAAGAGAGAAAGAGAAAGCCGAAGGUUUCUUCGAAGAAAGAGAAAAAGUGAUAUCGAUGGAAGGUGUGCGAGCGCGCGGCAAAGGAGCGGGGAGUGUAAACGGUGAGAGAGGAGAAACGGAGAAGGAAAGAGAGGGGAACGAAGGAAGAGCGAGAGAAACAGAUGCAUACAUCGGGCCCGAUGGAUCGGAGAGGGACGGCGUCAGCAAGCUCGAAGAAUGCUUCUCCUGGCAGCGGCGAGGUUCUGGGACCGUCUCGGUUCAGUCGAGUCAGGUCAGUCCUCGGGAAGGUGAUAUUCUUCGUCGUCGUACGUUCACGGGGCCUUACGUCGUCGCGUUUACGGCCCACGUUACUCCUUCUUUUCGCUCCUUUCGUGUACGUGUGCGCGUGUCUUUCUUUUUUACCCUUUCGUUUCGUUUCUCUUCUUCGUCUUUCGGUUAUCUUCCCCCUGUAAGUUUCGCUGGUCGCGCACACUCGCGUCUUUUCGCCUCUAGCUCUCGCGUCUCUCGCUGUUUACCCCUCGAUCUUUUUCAUCCCGCUCCCCCCGUGAAACCAACGUUUCGCGAACGUGGACGCACGGGAGAAGCACGGUCGCGUGCGCGAGUGCGAAACUCAUCGCGACACAAACUACGACUCUGAUACGACGACGUUCGAGUUUCCACGAGCAAGUGUUCGCCAACCGCCGGUUGGCCGAUCGAUGGUCCGAUCAUAACGUGUAACGUUUGAAGAACGAUCUCGUUACGACGUUGCACGUCGCACCGAGGAAAAGCGCACCGUGUCGUGCCGCCGGAACAUCAUCGUCAUCCACGAGUCAGUGGUUAUCGUUCACCAACGACGUGUUUGUUUUGUGCCGUUAGUGGUGGAUGUGCUGCUGGGAAUCAACUUUGGAUGUUUGACUGUGCGAAGCAAAGGCUCGAUAUCGGAAAGUGAUUCGAUCUCUGAUCCCAUACGUACGUGACACGGGAACUUUGAGAAAGUGUCGUGUCGAGAGGAAAAGCCGAUACAGAAGAGGGUGAAAAGCGGUGGGAACCGCGGAAAACGGAAAGAUCGCGCGUGUCGGUGUAUCGAGUGACACGGAGGAACGCGAGGGAGCAGCGACCGCGAACGUGGUCGGAAACCGUGGCGGCGUCGCGCGAAAAAUCUUGAUCCGACAACGAUCCGCCACCGAACCACCUUACCCUGUUUACCGUGCGCGUAUCACAGGGUGGAUCGUUCAGAUUUCGGAGAGGAUCGAAAAGUUGGUGGUGGUGGUGGAGGUGGUGGUGGUGGUGGUGGUGGUAGUAGUGGUGGUGGUGAUCGGUGGAAGGUGGAAAAGUAUCGAGGAUCGGAGGCGUGCAGCAUCCGCAGACGCGUUUCGCGAGGCGCGGCUCUGCGGGUCAGUGCCCCCUCUGUCGGCUCGAGUCUCUCGUGUUCACUUGACUUUCCGCGGCAACGAGCAAAAAGGAGCGAAUAAAAAAGAAAACGCCCACACCUUCGAGGCAUCCUUAAUCCGAUUUCGAGCCGAGCCCGGUUAGAACGUAGCCCGGUUUCGAACGAAGAAGCCGAGAGAAGCUGAGAGACACGAACCUACGAACACGGAUGAGCAAACGGAUAGAAAGAAGGAAAGAAACGAAUACAUACAGAGAAAGAUCGAAAGCAUGGAAUCCGUUAGCGAUCGAAGCAACUGGUCGGCCGCUCGUUGACUCUCGGAUCGUUUGGCCUCGUGGUUCGGUCGUGCCAUGUCGAGCGUGCCAGCACCAACUACGUGAAGAAAACGUACAAGAGGGAAGAUGAACGUGCGACCGACGAUGAGGAAAAAGAACGAGAGGUAGUAUCAAAGGAGCAGCGAUACUUUUAUGUCGUCGAACACGAGAGGAAUUUAGGUAAGGAAGGGGGCGCGUUCGAAGGGACAGAAGAGAUGAUCAUUCGAAGUUCGAUGGUCCUAGCCCUGGUCCUGGCACUGUUGUCGGUGGACCAAAAUGGCGGCCAACCCAACGGCCAGGAGAGACACGCGUCCGAUUAUUUUUCUCGCAAACUACCUCAAAGGGUGACGAGACUGGUGCCACGACGGUCACCGAUGUUACCGCAGGACAGCGCGGCCGCGAUGGGCCUGGCGAUGCAGAGCAGAGCGGUCGAUACCAGGGUUCAACUGGAGGUCAGGGAAGGCGAGCCAAAGGGGACCCUGGUAGGCCUGAUACCGGUCAAGCCUGGCUUUACCUACAGGUUCAACGAGCCGCCGCAGGAAUUCGUGCUGGAUCCCGAAACCGGCAAGAUCAGAACGGCCAAAGUCCUCGACAGGGAAGCGUUGAGCAGCGAUAGGUUCGACCUGGUCGUGUUGUCCAGCCAGCCGACCUAUCCGAUCGAAGUGAGGAUCCUCGUGCUGGAUAUCAACGACAACGAUCCGGAAUUUCCGGAGUCGAGUAUAGCCGUGAGUUUCUCGGAAUCGGCAGUGGUGGGGACGAAAUUGUUGCUGGAUGCUGCCACGGAUAAGGAUACGCUGGAGAACGGAGUGGUCGACGAUUAUUUCAUCGUGAAUGGGAACACCGAUGGGAAAUUUCGUUUGGAAGUGACCGGUAAUCCGACCGGUGAAACGUCCUAUCUGCAUUUGGAAACGACGGGAAAAUUGGAUCGAGAACAGGUAGAAUUUUAUUCGUUGAACGUUUGCGCGAGGGACAGAGGCCGACCACCGAGGUUGGGUUAUCUUUUGGUAAACGUGACCGUGUUGGACGUGAACGAUAAUCCGCCGAUAUUUCAGCAGAGCGACUACGUGGUCGCUUUAAACGAGAGUGCCCCGGUAGGAACCAAAGUGUUGACGGUUCACGCGACGGACAAAGAUUCCGAGGACAAUUCCAAGUUGACGUAUUAUUUACCGGAUACCGAGAGACAGUUCACGAUAGAUCCGGAAACAGGCACCAUAACGACGGUCGAGCCUUUGGAUUGUCCGCAACAGAGUUGCACGAUCGCGGCGCGUCUAGGAGACGGUUGUCCAAAGAGCUGCGUCAUAACGGUCUUUGCUCGAGAUCACGGCUCGCCGAGGCAGGAUGGCCGGACCUACGUAACGGUGAAUCUAUUGGACGCGAACGAUCACGAUCCUGAAAUAAAGUUCAGCUAUUUCCCAUCUACGCCGGGGUUCGCCACCGUCGACGAGAACGCCGCCAAGGAUUCGAUCGUGGCCGCAGUCGCGGUUAUCGAUAACGACGAGGGCCUGAACGGCGAGACCACCGUGGAAAUUCGUGCUGGCAACGAAUUGGGCCACUUCAGACUGGACAAUACACCUAGUUUCGAUAUAGUUCGCGUGAACGGUCGAUUGGACCGCGAGGAAAUACCGAAAUACAAUCUGACCGUGGUGGCGACCGAUAAAGGCACGCCGCCGCGAUCGGCAACCGCCUACCUCGUGAUCCACGUGAACGACGUUAACGACCACGAACCGGUCUUUCAACAGAGCGAAUACUCCGCGGUGCUCUCGGAACUUUCGCCUACCGGCAGCUUCGUGGCUAGCAUCUCCGCGACGGACGCCGAUUCCGGAUUGAACGCGAGAAUUUAUUACGAUUUCGACUCGGGCAACGAGCAAGGUUGGUUCGCGAUCGAUCAGGACACCGGUCUGGUCACCACCGUGGCGACCCUCGACAGGGAGGUGCAAGGAAGCAUAGAGUUGCACGUGUCCGCCAGAGACGGUGGUCCUAAUCCCAAGUACGCUUCGACUCACCUCAAGGUCACGAUUCUCGAUGAGAACGACGAGGCGCCUAGAUUCUCGCAGAACGUGGUUCGCGUUACGUUGUCGGAGAAUACCCCGCCGCAGAGUCUCGUGGCCACGUUGACGGCGGUGGACAACGACCAAGGAACGAACGGUAGCGUCGCGUACAGCUUUCACUCGAGCGUGUCCAGGGACUAUCCGAAAACGUUCGCCCUCGACGGACUGACCGGCCAAUUGACCACGAAGGUGAACUUGGAUCGCGAGACCACCGCCGAAUAUCAGAUUCUGGUAAUCGCCAAGGACCAAGGUACUCCGCCGCAAUCGUCCACGGCGACGGUGAUAUUGACUCUAGAGGACGUCAACGACAAUUCGCCGGUGUUUUAUCCGUGGAGGUACCUGAUGCCCAUACCGGAGGACGCCCCGCCAGGAACAUCGGUGGGCAAAGUGACGGCGACCGAUGCCGAUGCUCGGGAAAACGCUCAGGUCAGAUACUCGCUGGAAUCCGGUGGCGAGGGACUUUUUACAGUCGACGAGAGAACCGGUGAGAUCACUCUUCAGGGUUCGUUGAGGGCGGCUCACAAGACCCUCUACGAAUUGAACAUAUCGGCCAAAGACACCGGGGACAGAGUGGCUGGCAGAAACGCUCUGGUUGAGAUCAUUCGCGAGGAAGACUUGGAACACCUGGAGUUCGACACUUACAACGGUUACGAGUUCAGGAUAGCCGAGGACAGAGGAGAAUGCGGCGCGAUGUCGAACGUGUUCGCUCGAGACGUGGGCACCGUACAGAUUACGCAAUACGACAGCUCCAAGAUCUCGUAUGCCAUCGUGUUCGGCGAUCCGAAGGGUAACUUUAAGAUAGACGAGAGUACCGGCACGAUCAGUACUUCCGGGUGUUUAGAUCGGGAGCAGGUGGCUUACUACAGUCUGCAAUUAUCGGCCAGAGCCGGACUCGCUUACGGGCAAACGUCCGUAAAUAUCACGGUGCUGGACAUUAACGACAACCCGCCGAGGUUUCCCAAGGGCGAGAUCGGCGACGAGGUGCUUCUGAAGGAAAACGCGGCGGUAGGACAAGAGGUGUGCCUGGCUCGCGCCAGGGAUCGCGAUGCCAGCGCCAACGCGAGGAUCGUCUAUUCGUUGACUCACAAUCCCGGAGGACAGUUCAGGGUCGCAGAAAAUUCUGGCAUUAUUUAUCUAGACAAGCCGAUACGAGCUGCGCCGGGAACGGUACUGCACCUGGAGGUAACCGCCACGGAUUCCGGAAAUCAGCCGUUAUCCGCCCAGCAUCAAGUCAGGGUAACCAUCGAAGACGUAAACGACCAUACGCCGGUGUUCAAGCUGACCAGCUACGAGACGUCGCUACCGGAGUCCACACCGGUGAACGAUAGAUUUUUCUCCCUGACCGCUAUCGACGUCGAUCUCGGAGCUAACGGCCGGGUGUUGUACAGCAUAACCGACGGAAAUACCGAGGAUCGGUUCGGAAUAUUCCCGGACGGCCAGUUAUACGUGAAGAACGUUCUUGAUCGCGAGGAGCUGGACUAUUACGCGCUCGAGGUAACGGCCACCGAUCAAGGUAGCCCGUCUAGAAGCUCGGUAGUACCGGUGGUCGUUCACAUAAUCGACGAAAAUGACAACGCGCCGGAAUUCACCAAUUCGAGCUUCGUCCUCCACCUACGCGAGAACGAGCCACCGGACACGUUCGUCGGGAAAUUAUUGGCAACCGAUCGAGACGUGGGUCGCAACGCCGACCUCGUCUUCUCCCUUCCAGCUAGUCAACAGGACUUCACCGUCGAUCCCAGAAACGGUUUCAUCAAGUCUCUUCGAGUGUUCGACAGGGAGCUGCUGGUAACCAAUACCGGUAGCAGCUACAUUACCUUGGAGGCUACCGUCACCGACAACGGAGUCAAUCGACUUCGCGAUCGAGUCAAGGUCGUCAUCUACAUCACCGACGUCAACGACAAUAUCCCUCAGUUUCAGAGGUUACCGUACAAGGUACAGGUAAACGAGGGUGCCGCGAUCGGCACGCAACUGUUACGAGUGUAUACCACGGAUGCCGACGAAGGAUUGAACGGGGAUGUGUUUUACUCUCUGGAGGAUGGAAAUCAACACGGCCGGUUUGCCAUAGACGAGGCGACCGGACAGAUCUCUCUGACGAAGGAGUUGGACCGCGAGACUACGGACGCGUACGUGUUGACUGUAGUGGCGCACGACGCCGGCUUGGAAACUCGUCUGUCCUCGAGCACGACCGUUCACAUCGAAGUGCUCGACGAGAACGAUAACGUGCCCCUGUUCGUCGACGAUAAAUCAAGCAUCUCCGUUCUCGAAACGACACCGACCAACACGGAACUACUUAGGUUCAAAGCCACGGAUAACGAUCUGGGACCGAACAGCGAGCUGGCCUUCGCCAUAUCCGCUGGCAACAGGAGGGACACCUUUUACAUCGAUCCUCUGACAGGGACGUUGUACUUGAGAAAGCCGCUGGAUUAUGAGGAGCUGGAAAAGUAUACGCUGAACGUGACCUGCAGCGACGGCGGUCAUCCGAGGUUGAGCUCCGUUACCACGUUGAUCGUCGAGGUUAUCGAUGCCAACGACAAUCCGCCGGUGUUCCCCAACACCGCGAUAGCCAGACAAAUUAGAGAGGGAAUUCUGGUGCACACGCCGAUAGUAACCAUCACGGCGGAGGAUCCCGACUCGAACGAGAACGGAGUGGUCACGUACUCUAUCGCUAGUCAAGAUCCGGAGGAUCAGGUUCGAAGAUUCGGUAUAAAUCCAUCCACCGGUGUCAUACACACCCUGUUGCCGAUCGAUCGCGAGGAAGUCGACACCUACAAGUUAGUGGUCGUGGCGACCGAUAGCGCUCAACCAGCUAGCGCCAGGCUGUCCGCGGAAAAAUUGGUCAUCGUCAUCGUCGAGGACAUCAACGACAACGCGCCGAUCUUUGUCAGCAUGUCCGCCGUCGUGUUACCGCUCAAAGGAAAUUACUAUCAGUAUCAAAAGGAGAUUACGGUUACCCAGCUGGUCGCCAGAGAUCUGGACUCCAGCACCAACGGUUUGGUCACCUACGAGUUGCUUAGAUCGAGCAUCAACUAUCCGGACAUGUUUCGAAUCCAUCGAAACACGGGCCACCUGACGAUAAGACUGCCGCGAUCGCUGAAGAGCAGCUUUGAGCGGGUCUCCAAGUAUCAAGUAGGGAUCCGCGCUACGGACGAGGCCGUUCAGGCGGAACGAAGAUCCACGGAGACCUAUUUGACCCUGAUAGUGCCCGGGGAAGAUGGGGACGAUCAACCAAUAUGGGAGCACCGUGGCCAGAUCGAGGGCAGCGUGUAUGAGAACGAGCCGAUCGGCACAAGCAUUUUGAGAGUGAGUGCUCGCAGUCGUAGAUCGAAUAUCGAUCUCGAAUACUACGUGACGAACGUGACUGCUGGUAGCGGCGGUCCGCAGGUCGACAGAUUGUUCGACGUCGACACCAAGACAGGUAUAUUGUCGACGGCUGCCGCGCUGGACAGGGAAACAGGAAUCCAGUGGUACGAGGUGGAGCUGUACGCCAUCGGUGUUGGUGGUACCAGGCCCAGUACGACGUCCACCAAAGUUCGCGUGACGGUUCUAGACAAGAAUGACGUGGCACCGACCUGGGGAACCGGCACCUGGAAAUUCAAAAUCUCCGAGGAGGCGCCGCCUAACACCGUUGUCACGGUCCUGAAAGCGUACGAUCCGGAUACGAUCGGAACCUUGACUUACACCCUGGUACCGAAUCAUCGGCCCGAUCCAGGUCCUGGCACCGCUCUUGGUUUCUACCCGGCCAGCCAACACGAGCUCCAAGACGAAAGCCAAUGUCAGUUCAGACUUCAUCCGACCACGGGACAACUGACACUCGCCGAGGCUCUCGACAGAGAGACCAGAGAAAAGUAUGUCCUGAAAGUUCGAGCCGAUGAUGGAUUGCAACACACAGACAUCGCGUUAACCAUUCAGGUGACCGACACCAACGACAAUGCGCCGACGUUCCAGAGCACCGCGUAUUCGUUCGACGUGCCGGAGAACGUGCCAAGGGGCAGCCGAAUAGGUCAGGUCGUCGCCACUGACGCAGACGCCAACGGGCCCAACAGUCAACUCAGCUACACUCUGAUUUCCGACUGGGCCAACGACGUUUUUUCUCUGAAUCCUAGCACCGGCGUGUUCACGUUGACGGCCAGCCUUGACUACGAACAGGUGCAGCACUACAUUUUGGUGGUCCAAGCGACAGACGGCGGCAUCCCGGCGCUUUCCUCGACGGUGACGGUCUACUGCAACGUCGUCGACUUGAACGACAACGCGCCGAUCUUCGAGGCGGGCCCGCACGCCGCGGAUAUCGUCGAGAAUACGACGAUCGGCACACCGAUCCUAUCCGUGGCCGCCCAGGACCUGGACUCCGGAGAUAACGGCAGGGUAAUUUACGCUGUCGCCGGCGGUGACGAGAACGGUGACUUCGGAGUGGCACCGAACGGCACCCUUUUCACUCGGAAGUUACUCGACAGAGAACAAAAGCCACUUUACAAUUUGAUCCUCAGCGCCACCGAUAGCCCUUUGCCACCUGCUCUGCCUUUGUCUUCCACCGUACAGGUGACCGUGGUGUUGCUGGACGUAAACGACAUGUCGCCGGAGUUCAUAUCGCCGACGAAGAUUUCGAUAAUAGAGAACGCGCCGAGCAACACGGUAGUGAUGGCCAUUAAGGCGGUGGACAGGGACGAAGGACGGAACGGAUACGUGGAGUACUCCCUCGAGGACACGACGCUUCCCUUCACCGUUGGUCCCGUAGAUGGACUAUUGCGCGUAUCUGGCUCGUUGGAUCGCGAAUUAAGGUCAAACUACACCUUGGAAGUAACCGCGAAAGACCGCGGUGAACCACCGAGAUCGUCCUCGACCGCAGUCACUGUCACGGUCCUCGACGAGAACGACAAUUCGCCGGUGUUCGAUCCGAGACAGUACUCAGCCACUGUUGCCGAGAACGCCAGUAUCGGGGCUAGCGUGCUGCAGGUUUCGGCGAUGGAUCGCGACGAGGGUGCGAACGGAAGGGUGAGAUACGGUAUCGCGAUGGGAGACGAUAACAGAGAUUUCACCAUUUCCGAGGACGGCGGUGUCAUCAGAGUGGCGAAGAAUCUCAACUUCGAACGGAAAUCCAGGUACUAUUUGACGAUAAGGGGUGAGGAUUGUGCCUCGGAAGUAGGCGAAACACCACGGGGCGAUACCGCUCAGGUCACCAUCACUGUCAUCGAUAUAAAUGACAAUGCACCGGUUUUCUUGGAUUCGCCCUAUUUGGCACACGUUAUGGAGAAUAUGGUACCACCUGGGGGCGGAUUCGUGAUACAGGUCAAAGCUUACGACGCGGAUACUCCACCUUACAACGACCAAGUGAGAUACUUUUUGAAGGAAGGCGACACGGACUUGUUUCGAAUAAACGCGAGUACCGGCGACAUUUUUCUGCUUCGACCCCUCGACAGAGAACUGGUGGCGGAGUACACUCUGACGUUAGUGGCCAUGGAUACCGGUUCUCCGCCUUUGACUGGAUCGGGCAUCGUUAGAAUCGUCGUGCUCGAUGUCAACGAUCACAUUCCGGAAUUCACCAGGCAGGAAUACAGGGCAACGGUUACCGAAAACCUGGCUUCCGGAACGUGGGUCACCAAACCUCACGCUACGGACAAAGACGAGGGCCUCAACGCCAAAAUCAGGUACAGUUUGCUGGGAGAAAAUUCGGAACGUUUCACCGUGGAACCCGAAACUGGAGAAGUGUUAACGGUGGUACCGCUCGAUCGAGAACAAACCUCGGUCUACCAUUUGACUUUGGUCGCUCAAGAUUCGAGUCCCACGGAGCCUCAGGCCUCCGCCGUCAAUCUGACGAUCUUCGUGAAGGACGUGAACGACAAUGCCCCUAGAUUUUCUAGUCCAAGAUACACGGCCUACGUGCCGGGUGCAACCAAACCAGGGGAUUUCGUGUUCGGCGCGAAAGCGGUGGACGACGACGACGGAGAGAAUUCCCGGAUCGUGUAUCGUCUCCAGGGAAUCGAUGCGGAGAAGUUCGUGAUCGAUCCGAACAGCGGAGUGAUAAGGACGACACAGGAGUUGGCCAAUGACGAAACCACCUACCAAUUGCAAAUCCAGGCGUCCGAUUGCGGCGUCAAACCGCAAACGGUCACCGCCGACUUGGUGAUACACCUGUGGGAGAGGCAACUGUUUCCCAGCUUUCGAUCCACCAUUAGCACCAGGUUCACGCUACCGGAAGACGUUCCAGAGGGUCGUGUGAUCACGAAAUUGAGCGCGACCACGCCGAAAGUUGGAACCGCCAGCAAUCUGGUCUAUGGAAUGGCUGGCGGGAACGUCGGCGACGCGCUCAAGAUCGAUCCUCACACCGGAGAGGUGUUAGUCGCGUCUGGAUUCGAUUACGAAACCGCGCCGUUCUACGAAGCCUGGGUAGAGGUUCGUGAUUCGGACACUCCGGCUCUCAGGAGCGUUGUGCAACUGCUCGUGAAUGUUACGGACGCCAAUGAUAAUGCACCGAUAAUGGAGGCGGCCAUUUACAACGCUACGGUUCCCGAGGACGAGUACCCGCCUCUCUUCGUCAACAAAGUCUCGGCGAACGAUCGUGAUUCCGGCGAGAACGGGCAAGUGUCCUAUUAUCUGGUCAACGAUUUCACCGAGACUUUCGUCAUCGAUUCCGAUACAGGAGAGAUUAGCACGAACGCGAAACUGGACCGCGAGGAGAUCGCUUCUUACGAGUUGAUCGUAGAAGCACGGGAUCAAGGACAGCCGUCGCUUACAGGCACCGCGACUGUGUUGCUCACAGUGUUGGACAAAAACGACAAUCCCCCGCAAUUCACUCGACUAUUCAGCGUGAACGUUACGGAGAACGCGGAGAUCGGCACGUUCGUCAUAAGAAUCACGAGCAGCGACCUGGACAUCGGUCAAAACGCAAACGUCACCUACAGGUUCACGGAGAAUCCCGGCGAGAAGUUCGCCAUGGACGCUCUUAGCGGUAACGUUACCGUGGAUGGACACUUAGACAGAGAAGAACAGGACGAAUAUCUGUUAAAGUUGGUGGCAGCGGACGGUGCUUGGCAAGCAGCAACCGCCCUUACCAUUACCAUCCAAGAUCAGAACGACAACCCUCCGGAAUUCGACGAAGAAUCUUAUCACUUUCAUUUCCCCGAGCUUCAACCGCCUGUUGCGCACGUUGGCCAAGUCACCGCGAUCGAUCGCGAUAAACAAGGUCCGAACUCCGUGAUAUCCUACAGCCUGUUGCAACCGUCCGACCUUUUCACCGUUGAUCCAGCCACCGGUGACGUUUUCAGCAAGAAGACUCUCAAGUACAAACACACUCAUCGGCCGUCUUCGCCGGAAAACCUAUACUCGUUGACGGUCGUAGCUACCGACAACGGGAAACCUCCGCUGUCGUCGAAGACGGUGGUUUACGUGAACGUAGUGGACGCGAACAACAACGCGCCGAGAUUCGACCAGAGAUCUUAUCUCUAUCCUGUGCCGGAGAAUUACGGAGUCGGCAAGAGGGUGGUGCAAUUGACGGCGAAAGACGAUGCCGACUUCGGCGUGAACGCAGAAAUCAGUUACUUCAUGACGAACGUUAACGGGACGGAAUACUUUUCAAUCGACGAGAAAUCCGGAUGGGUGUACGUUCGAAAUACGUUGUCCAACGUGCCAGUGAGAACCACCUUCCUGUUGAAGGUUCAAGCGAUCGACAAAGGCGUGCCACCGCAGAAGGACGAGGUCUCGUUGACCUUGGUUAUAUCCGGGGAGAACAAACACGCUCCCACGUUCGCCGCUGUUAGCCAUCAGGUGAGAGUUCCGGAAAACGAACCUGUCAACACCACCAUCCUAACGGUCAGUGCCACCGACGGCGAUGACGGGCCGAACGGAAUGAUCAGAUACAAAAUAUCGGCUGGAAACGAGAAGAACGAGUUCUUCGUGCACUCGAUCACCGGCGCGGUAACCAUACUCGAGCCUCUGGAUUACGAUCUGGUGCAAGAGUAUAAAUUGAACAUCACCGCUACGGACCUGGGAUUCGAACCGAAGCAAGCCGUUGCCAUAUUGACAGUGAACGUCUCCGAUAUCAACGACAAUCCACCGACGUUUAAUCAGAGCAUUUACGAAGCCUACUUGCCUGAAAAUUCUCCGCCGGAUAGUUUCGUUUAUAAGGUGAUCGCCCGAGACAUCGACUCGCCCAAGUACGCCGUGAUCCAGUACAAAAUUCUCGGAGGAACUGGCAAGGAUCACUUUCGUAUUCGCGAGGAUACCGGUGAGAUCGCUUCUUUGAUCAGUUUCGACUACGAGGAGGCCAACGAGUACACGUUGGACAUAGUCGCCGCCAAUCCGGACUCCAAUCCGCAAAUGGUCGGCUUCACCACGGUCCUCGUACACAUCACAGGCGUGAACGAAUACUAUCCCAAGUUCAUUCAACCGGUGUUCCAUAUGGACGUGUCGGAAAGCGCAGAAGUUGGCACGUCCGUGGGCCUGGUUCAGGCAACCGAUCAGGACGCGGGCGAAGAUGGAAGAGUCUACUAUCUGUUCGUCGGCUCGUCCAACGACCGCGGCUUCUCGAUCGGCUCCGAGACCGGGAUAAUUCGUGUCUCGCGAAGAUUAGACCGUGAAACGCAGAACAGAGUGGUGUUAACCGUGAUGACGAAGAACGGUGGUGGGAUUCGUGGCAACGACACGGACGAGGCUCAGGUUAUAGUCUCGAUUCAAGAUGGAAACGAUCCUCCGGAGUUCCUGCAGAAUACCUACGACGCUACCGUGUCAGAAGGUGCGGCGCACGGGACGCGAGUUUUGACCGUUAGAGCGGUCGACAAGGAUAUAAAGCCGCAGAACAAUCAGUUCUCCUAUUCGAUCAUCAGCGGAAAUCUGGGUCAAGCGUUCAAGGUGGACCCGCAGACCGGAGAUAUAGAAACUGCCAAACAACUGGACCGAGAAACGAUCCCGAUUUACGACCUGACGAUCGGUGCCAUCGAUACCGGGUCUCCGCCGCAAACCGGCACCGCGGCUAUUCACAUCGAACUUUUGGACAUCAACGAUAACGGGCCUACCUUCGAUCCACCGGAGGUGGUGGGCUACGUGAACGAGAACGAACCAGCUGGAACGAUCGUGAUGACACUGAGCGCCACUGAUCCUGACCUACCACCGAAUGGGGCGCCUUUUACGUACAAAUUGGUUGGUGGAAGACAGAGCGAUAUGGUUACCUUGGACAAGCAUACCGGGGUAUUGAAAACUACGAGAAGUUUGGACAGAGAAGCUAUGCCUCAGUUGGAUCUCGUGGUCGAAGUGGAAGAUUCUGGAGUACCGAGAAUGAGAAGCGAGCACACGAUAACCGUGAUCGUCACGGAUCAAAACGAUAGUCCAUCGUCGCCGAGAUCGGUUCACGUGAUAGUACACUCUUUCAACGAGCAGAUACCGUUGGGAAAGAUCGCCGACGUACAUCCUAACGACCCCGAUGUUACCGGCAGCUAUUCCUGUAAGAUACUUCAAGGAUCGAAUCCGAAAAUUCUUAGUAUUCCUAGCGCUUGCGAUCUUCACACGAAGAAAAUAACACCAGGAGUCGGCUACUCUUUAAGCGUGUCUGGCAACGACGGUCGCCAUCCUAACGUGGUAUCCAAGGUCACAGUGGAAUUCCUCGUUUUCACCAACAGCACGAUCGAAAAUAGCGUGACCCUGCAAGUAACGAAACUAAGCUCGAGAGAUUUUUUAGGUCAGUAUUAUCGUGCUCUGCUGGACGUUCUGCAAGAGGAAGUCGAUGUUGGAGACACCCUCAAGAUCUUCAGUCUUGGAGAGACUGGAUCUGACUUGAACAUCCACGUAGCCGUAGAGUCGCCUGAAGGAUACCGCAGCAAAUACGAAGUCACCGAAUUGCUAAACCGUAAUCGGGACAAAAUCCGAUCGCUUCUCCAGGGAAUGACCUUCACAGUUGGCUACUCGCCGUGCAAGCACAUACCUUGCGAGAACGGGGGCUCUUGCAGCGAUAAGUUGGUCAUCUACGAUGACGCCAGAAUCACCGAUAGCCAAGCGCUGAUUCUCACGUCGCCGAGGAUGAUGCACGAGAUGACCUGCAAGUGCCGCGACGGUUUCACCGGCGAUAAAUGCGAAAGAAGACAAGAUCCUUGCUCUCCGAAUCCUUGCUUAUUGGGUGGACAGUGUCGACGACUGGGAUACGAUUUCCAGUGUACCUGUCCGAUCGAUCGCGAUGGGAAGCUAUGUGAACUGGAAAGAGGCGAUGCAUGCGCGAGUAAUCCAUGCAGGAACGGUGGAUCGUGUAGGAAGAGUCCCGAUAGCUUCAGUUUCUUCUGUCUAUGUCGAGCUGGUUACAGAGGAAACCACUGCGAGGCGGUUACGGACUCUUGCAGACCGAAUCCUUGUCUCUAUGGAGGUUUAUGCGUAGGAGAAAAACCUGGGUACACGUGUAGUUGUCCAGAGGGUCGUUACGGAAGACACUGCGAACGAUCCACGUUUGGCUUCGAGGAAUUGUCUUAUAUGACUUUCCCAGCCUUGGAUUCCAACACCAACGACAUAACUAUCGUGUUUGCCACUACGAAACCAGACGCCUUACUGCUGUACAAUUACGCGCCACAAGCCGGAGGACGUUCAGACUUCGUGGUAUUGGAACUGGUGGACGGAAGAGUGGUGUUUUCAUACGGAGGUGCAAGAAGCGCCAUCACCUCGGUCACCAUAAAAACGGAGAACUCCGUAUCGGACGGAGAAUGGAGGAAGGUAACGGCAACUAGAAACGGCAGAGUCGUGUCCUUGAGCGUGUCCAUGUGCAGAGAACACGGAGAUAUCUGCGACGAUUGUAGACCCGGUGAUGGCACUUGCUACGCGGACGACGUAGGACCAACCGGGACUCUGAAUUUUAACAACAAUCCACUUCUGGUGGGAGGACUGGAAAACGCAGAUCCGGUGCUCGAGAGGCCAGGCCAAGUGCAUUCCGACGAUUUCGUCGGCUGCGUCCACUCGGUUUCUAUAAAUGGAAGAGCAUUGAAUCUGUCGAAUCCGCUGGCAUCGCGCGGCGUUAAGUCCACCUGCAUCAGAUCGAACAACAAUUCUUGCUCGAGAGGUGGAAAGGACUCGGGCAGCGUUUGCGGUGCGAAUUCCAAGUGUUACGACAAAUGGCAUCAAGUGACCUGCCAGUGCGGAUCUGUAACCGCGCCCAAUUGCGAAGCAGCUCUCGAAUCGAUCACGUUGAGCGAGGGUGGAUACGUCGAAUUUAAAAUCUCGGAGAAACACAGAAGAAUGCAGUUAUUGGAAUAUCUUUACAGAGGCUCGACCUUGUGGCAUAAGAAUCGAGCGAAACGCACCGUCAGCGAAGACACCAGCUUCAUAACCAAUCCAUCGCCCUUUAAAACGAUCGGUUUGAUGUUCAGAACGGUGAAGCCCGAUGGUGUUCUCGUGUAUGCCGCGACCAACAAACACUUUACAUCGGUAGAGCUUCGCAACGGGCAACUAUUUUACGCGUCUCUUCUCGGAUCGCCAGUGAACAUGACCGCGAACAUCGAAGGAGGUUUGGCGGAUGGCCGUUGGCACAACCUGACCCUGCACUCUUACUUUCGAGGCUUAAGGCUGUUCGUCGACGGCGUUCAAACCGGCGAGGAAUUAGACCCUGUCGGUGUCCACGACUUCCUGGACCCGUAUCUAUCCGUCCUAUCGAUCGGUGGAGUUAGCCAAGACCUGUAUUACGCUCACAGCGCUGGCGCUAGGAGUUUCGAGGGUUGUUUGGCCAACUUCACCAUCAACAACGAGAUUCAGCCGUUCAACGGGUCCGGCUCGAUCUUCAAGGAAGUGCUGUAUCACGCGAAGGUGAGCACCGGAUGCAGAGGACCGAUCGGAAUCAGCGCAGCGGCCACUGCCGAUCCUCUCAGCAUAGGAAUCACCCUGGUCAUAGUGUUCUUCGUUAUUCUGCUGAUCGCUAUACUGGUCAGUUUCAUCGUAUUCCGUUUAAGACGACAGAACAAGGAAAAGUCAGCUCCAUCGGUGGUGAACAAAAAUACCAACGCCAUAAUGACUGGAAAUCCGUUGGUCGGCUCGGGUAACGAUAAUCUGAUGUCUCGCCACGAAAAUACCUAUAUAUCCGACACGUCCGACCUACGGGGCGUGGGUCACAUGGGCCCGGAAUUGAUCUCGAAAAAGUACAAGGAACGAGAAAUUAACGCAACCACCGAACAUCGGCCUCAGAGGCCGGACAUCAUCGAGAGAGAAGUAACGAAAUCGCCACCCAUUCGAGACGAACAUCCUCCCCUGCCUCCGCCCGCUCAAACUUCCCUACAUUCUCACGAACACAAUCCAGAACCUGACAUGCCCGAGCACUACGACUUGGAAAACGCGAGCUCCAUAGCACCGAGCGACAUCGAUAUCGUCUAUCAUUAUAAAGGUUAUCGGGAUGGUAUGCGGAAGUACAAAGCCACUCCUCCGCCUAUUAACAACUACGCCAACCAUCAUAAGCACGCGGGUCAGCAACACAGACACACCGGACCGUUCCCACCGCGCGCCUUGCCACCUCCGAACGUGAGCCAGCCGCCAGGACCGACCCAGAAACUGUUACAGAGCACGCCGUUAGCCAGGCUGUCGCCUAGCAGCGAGCUAUCCGCUCAGCAACCGAGAAUACUAACGUUGCACGACAUCAGUGGCAAACCUCUGCAAAGCGCUCUGCUGGCCACCACGUCUUCCUCCGGCGGAGUAGGCAAAGACGCUUUAAACUCCAACAGCGAAAGAAGUUUAAACUCGCCGAUCAUGAGUCAACUGUCCGGAUCAACGGCCAGUCGAAAGGCGCCUCAAUCGAACAACGAAAAUUCCGUGAACAACGUAUCUUCCGGACCGAUGGGAUUAACAGCGGAAGAGAUCGAAAGACUGAACUCGAGGCCAAGAACCUCGAGCCUCGUGUCCACUUUAGACGCCGUAAGUUCCUCCAGCGAAGCCAGAGGACCGCCCACCCACGGUCCUCUGCAUCUUCACCGACGACACACGCCACCGGUCGAGAGACUCGAACGAAGAAACUCGUCGACAACGGACGAAAGCGGCAACGACAGUUUCACCUGCUCGGAAUACGACAACACCUCGUUGGUCGGUGACAAACGGUCGGACAAUCCGUUCGCGAAACAAGACGACGAAGAAGUUAAUCAACGAAGCAACGAGUCCUCCCAAACGACGAAACCACCCCUGCCACCAAAUGUCAAUUACGACGGUUUCGACAGCUCGUUCCGUGGAUCACUCAGUACUUUGGUAGCCUCCGACGACGACCUAUCGACGCACAUGGGAGGAUUGUACAGACCGAACAACAGCGGAUCGCCAUCCACGACAACCACCGCGCUAAGUUGGGACUAUCUGUUGAAUUGGGGACUGAACUUUGAUAGUUUGGUCGGAGUGUUCAUCGAUAUCGCCGAACUACCGGACAGUGCCAAUCGUGUUCCAAGUACGCUUAGAUUACCAGCUAGUAUACCUAAGCCAUCAGAGGAAUACGUCUGAAGAGCGUUUCAACGUCGAUUAUAAUAGAAUUGUUAGGUAGCAUAGUUAGAAGGAGCACAACGAUGCCACUUUUUUCUUUUAGAUCGAAGAAGAUCGGCUAGAUGAAAGGUACGCGUAAAUAACCAAAAUACCAUCGCGAAUGGAAUACGCUUUAAUCGUCGAUUGGAUGAGCGACAAAAAUCCUAAGGAGUAACGCGAGCGAUAGAAGAACGAAAGUGAACGUUUUCUAGAAUCGUAGGAACGAGCAGCGUCGUUACAUUUUUCCUGGAUUUUCCUGGCUCGUUCGAUAGCUCAAGAUCGCUGCUCUACGAAGAAUGUAAUCGUUAUCUUGCCAUAAUAACAGAACUCGAGUUACGCCAUGAUUCGAACAUCGUCUCGAACUCGUCUGGACUUUAUAUCGCGUCGAGACGAUAUUGUGAAUUUGUAAAUAAUCCGCGAUUUUUUCAAGUGUACCGAGACUACCUUUUUUAUCGUUAGAAAUACGAGCCACGAUACGGCCGUGCUUUCGUCGAGUCUUAACGAAUUUGUAUCGCGUAUCGACCUGACAAUCGCCUUGUAACACUUAACUUUCGCUGUUAGCAACGAAUUUCGUUACGACACUUCGACAGUCGAUGAGAAAUGGAAUUAUUGUGCGACUGUAUCGCCAACAAUUAUAUAAAUAACUAUUAUAAGUACACUAGGUUUCCUUGUAUAUAAAUAUUUUGAGACGUUCUGUGCCAGAUAAUCUCGAUACAGUCGCACAAUACCAAACGAUGAUCAAUUAAGUCGAGAGUGAUGCGAUUUUAAACGAAAUAGAGGGAAAGGCAUCGAUCUUUUCUCUACGCUUUUUGCGUUCCUGAUGGUAGGCGUCGAUCGCGACGACUGCACAGCUACUCGUUCAACGUUCCGUUAAGAUCGCUAAAGUAAUCGAUCAACUUGAAAAAUUCGUUAAACGUCUCGCUAUACACGGUUGUAUUUUACAGCAUUUCGUCGAGAACGUUGAACAGAGUGUAAUUGCCAGACUGAUUUUUCCCACGAACUUUCGAAGCGUUAUGAUAGAUUAUACUACAAUACCAUCGAUCGUCAAAAUUUUGUAAAUUACGCGAAUUGCCCGUUGUAAAUAUCGUAUGCCUGAUCUGUACAAAAUGUGUGAAUGAGCCGCGUGUGUACUACUUUAUCAUCGAUCGUAUUUGUAAUAAACAAGACAUUUGUAAAAAAAAAAAGAAAAGA